AUUCCCGGUGUCAUGAGGAAAUCAUAUUUCCAAACAGGAAGAAGUCAGCACGAGUGCAUUUUUAUCAGCAUUAACUGAUUUGAGAUAUAAGUUACUGGCAUGACUCCUGAGAAGUAGAAAUGAAGCGGGGGAACUGGCGAUCGAGUGGCAGGGACCGUCACCGACACCAAAAUCAGUCACAGUGGCGGAGCAGACACCGUUCAGCCCAAGAUGAGCAGGAAUAUAGUUCUGACAGUGCAGCAGGUGAUGCAAGUUCAUCCUCAGCAUCCUCAUCUGCACCAGAGUUGCCAGGUUUCUACUUUGACCCAGAGAAAAACCGUUACUUUCGUUUGUUGCCUGGGCACAACAACUGUAACCCUCUGACAAAAGAAGGGCUUCAGAAAAAGGAAGAGGAGAAAAAGAGAUCAGCGCUUCUGGCGGAGGAUGAUGGUCCUAGGAAGAAAGCUCCCAGGACUGGGCUGAAUUCUGCAUUGCUGUUACAGAAGAGACGUCUGGGUCUGCUGCCCCCAAGCUCCUAUUCUAGGUUAAUCCAUGAAGUGAAAGUCAGUGGGAUGCAACGUCACAGGCUGGAGGUGCAGAGCUCCAACUCCACCAGCCCAAACACAGAUAACUUCCGUCUUAUUGUUGCAGAUUCAGCUUGUGAGCGAGUCUUCACAGUAAAUGAUGUGUCACACGGAGGCUGCAAGUACGGCAUUAUGAAUUUCCAUGGCUGCAGAAAAGGCUCUCUGUCGGUGGAGAUGUGUGAUAACCUUUAUUUCACUAACCGCAAGGUGAACUCUGUGUGCUGGGCGUCCUUGACACAUACAGACUCUCAUGUUCUGUUGUGUUUGGAGGGCAUUUCUCAGACCCCAGGCUGUGUAAGCUUAUUACCUGCUUCUCUUUUCAGCAACUUCAAUCCAGAUCAGCCAGGGAUGCUGUGCAGUUUUAAGAUCUCCACAGCUUGGUCAUGUGCAUGGUGCCUCAACCCACAGGCUGAUAAAACCUUCAGCACUGGCCUUUCUCGACAAGUGAUUGUGACGGAUGCUGUGACUGGAAGCAGAGCGACAUACCUCGCAGGCAGUGAUGUUCUAGCUCAACAGUUUGCCCUGAGAGCUCCCGUGCUGUUCAACGGCUGUCGCUCAGGAGAGAUCUUCAGCAUUGACCUGCGUCAGCGUGACAGGGGUCGCAGUCACGAUUGGAAGACCAGCCGCUUCUUCCAGGAGUCAGCCAUCACCUCGGUCCAACUGCUACAGGAUGAGAACUACCUCCUCGCUGCUGACAUGCUGGGCAAGAUAAAGCUGUGGGACAUCCGUGUCAAGCGGUCCGUCAAACAGUAUGAAGGACACCACAAUGAAUAUGCCUACCUACCCAUUCAUGUCAAUGAGCCAGAAGGAUUGCUGCUUGCUGUGGGUCAGGACUGCUACACCCGACUCUGGAGCCUCCAUGACCGCCGUCUCCUCAGGACCAUCCCCUCACCUCAUCCUGCAGGGAAAGACUCGAUCCCAAAUGUGGUGUUUUCCUCCCAGCUGGGUGGUAGUAGAGGACUUCCUGGACUCCUUAUGGCUGUCCAUCAUGAUCUGUACUACUACUCUUACAACAAAGACUAUCAGGAGGGUCUAACACUGGAGGGUCAGUGCUAACAUUUGCCAUCUAAAAACACAGGCUGCUGUGUGGUAAAUACAUAAUUGUUAUUGUGUCUUACUGACCAAAAUGUUGCCAUUUUACCGUUUGCCUUUAGUUUUUCCUUUUUAAGUAAUAUUCCAAAUUAGACUGUGAUGGAUUCAGAAUACUUCUUAUCCGUUAUAUCAUCAAUAGAUUAAUUUUUGGAAAAGCUUAUUAGAUAUAAGAUCUAAAUGAUAGUCACUUGAAAUAUACCUCCUAAAAGUACAAUUUCAUGUUAUGUUGUUUUUCUGGACAUAUUUUACUUGAAAUGUGCUGGAACUUUUUGUAAAAAAAAACAAACAAAAAAAAAUUGUGGAAACCAUUCUUCAAUUCAAAAUAAAUCCAAACUUUGUUUAUCUGUA